AUGGUCAUGAUGCGGACCGACGACGAUUGCUUGGUGACCAAACCCGACGCUGCUGUCGUACACCAGUUCAAGUCCAAGCGGCUGCGCGAGAUCGAGUACCUCAAGAAGCACAUCUACGAUCUCCAGGCGCGCGUGAGCAAGACGAAGCGCGUCCGUGUCACGCUAUUGCCGUGGGAAGAGGUCGCAAAGGCCCUCGCCGACGACACACUCGACAAGGUGCGCGAGAACCGGACGCUCAAGCGCGAGCUGACGCACAACAAGCGGCUUGCGCGGGUGCUCCAGGACUGGAUCCUUUCGCAGUCGCCGCAGACGCGGCAGCCCAACAUCCACCUCGAGUCCUGGCGCCACUCGCACAUCUUCCAGGGCGACGAAGCGACGCGCAAGGUCGGGUACGAGUGGCUUGUCGCGCAGCUGUACCACAACACGGAGCGCGCGCUCAUGCCAUUGGCGUUCCCGCAAGGCAACGAGUACUUUCUCGAGACCGACAUUUCGUUCGACGGGCCCAUCAUCAGCCUCACGCAGCAGAUGCAAGUGAUCUUGCCAUAUGCGCUCGACGACGUCUCCCGCGCCGUGUGGAUUGCGGCCCAAACGUUCAUCCACUACAUCCAGCGCAAGCCCGACCCGCUGGCCAAGCUUUUGCAAGUCAACUGCGACGUCGAGUACGUCCAGGAAGACAUGGGCCCGACCGCCAAGCGCAUUGACAGCAAGCUCCUCUACGGUCGGUUCCACGAGCCCAACCGGACGGCGAUUGUGACGCGCGCCGUGCGCACCGAUGACGCGUACCCGAUCGACCCGUCGACGUGGACCACCGACAUGAAGCAAUGGUUCGUCUUGGACAAAAUCGACGACGUCACAACGCGCUGCCGGUUCUACGACUACCUCGGGCACCCGUCGACGGCGUCGGGAUAUGUGCCGAUCCAGGACGUGGUCCGCAUGUACCGGUACGAGCCGGUCAAUGAUGCCGACGCGAUCGCCUAUUGCCGCAACCGGUUUCCCCACCACCAACGCCGCGAACGCGCCAUGUUUGCCAACCACCUGCAGCGCGUGCUGGACAAGGUCACGACGUCGACGCCGCACGGGUCACCGUAAACCUGUGUCCCUUCGCUCGACGCGCGUGCUCUAAUUUAAAAAACGAAUGCCAACCCUCUGACAAUACCGA